ACUAUGAUUCUGUCAGAAGUGUCAGCGGUCAAUAAUUGAGAAAAAUGUACGCCGAUAGAUGUUGAAUCCAUUUAAACGAUUUAAAUUUAUCUUUAUAAAAUUACUUCCUCUAUCAGAAAUAACCUGAGAGAAGGCGCUAUUUUAUUUUAUUCAUUAAAAUGGCCAAUGGCCCUAUAGCCGAAAGAAACAGAGAUGCUACUAUAUAUGUCGGAGGUUUAGAUGAUAAAGUUUCAGAAUCUCUGUUAUGGGAACUCUUCGUACAAGCAGGCCCUUUGGUCAACGUUCAUAUGCCCAAAGAUCGUGUAACUAUGAUGCACCAAGGAUAUGGAUUCGUUGAAUUCAUGGGAGAAGAGGAUGCUGACUAUGCCAUAAAAAUUAUGAAUAUGAUAAAAUUAUAUGGUAAACCCAUAAGAGUCAAUAAAGCUUCCGCCCAUCAGAAGAACCUGGAUGUAGGAGCCAAUAUAUUUAUAGGAAAUUUAGACCCUGAGGUUGAUGAAAAGUUAUUAUACGAUACAUUUUCAGCAUUUGGUGUAAUAUUACAAACUCCAAAGAUUAUGCGAGAUCCUGAGACUGGAAACUCGAAAGGUUUUGCAUUCAUAAAUUUUGCAAGUUUUGAAGCAUCUGACGCAUCAAUUGAAGCGAUGAAUGGCCAGUACCUUUGUAACAGGCCUAUAUCAGUGUCUUAUGCAUUUAAAAAAGAUUCAAAAGGAGAACGGCAUGGUUCAGCAGCAGAACGUUUACUCGCAGCCCAAAAUCCUCUAUCACAGGCAGAUAGACCUCAUCAACUGUUUGCUGAUGCACCCCCAAUAGGUAUGAUGCCAAUGACAAUCGCACCUCCACCACCACCAGUAAUAAUGGGAAUGAUGCCACCUCCGCCUCCUACUCUAUCUAACAUGCCUCCGCCCCCACCUCCGGUUCCUCCACCAGGUUCAUUUCCUUCAGGUAUUCCACCUCCUCCUUUACCUCCUUCCCAACCACCCUUACCCCCCGGUGCUCCUCCACUUGCCACAACUGGUGUUUCCCAACGGCCCCCUCCUCCACCCCCGCCUGUUGCUCCACGCGGUAUGAUACCACCUCCACCACCUUGGUCGGGAGCUCCUGGUACUCUACCUAUACCUUCUGGACCACCCAACUCCACUAGUUCUGGGUUUGGAGGAAUGUUUCCACCACCGCCACCCCCUGGAGGACGACCGCCUCCUCCUAGUUGGAGACCGCCGCCUCCGCCACCCCCCGGAUUUGCAGCAAAUAGACCACCAUUCCCACCAAGAGGACCACCUCCUCCACCACCUAACUUUGAUAAUUAAAAAAAUAACUUUUCAAUAUAAUUUUUUAAUAUUC